UCUUCUUCUCUCAUCAUCACUCAUAACCAAUCUUUCCCUUUUCAAAUCUUUAAACUUUCUUUUCUAGAUCGAUUAAAUGGCGAGCUCACGAUUAGCAAGAUUCAUAACGGAGGUGGCACCACCGCAAUUUGUGACGGUGAUGCGGCGGAGAACGGCGAAGGUGCUCGACACGAUCAAGGAGGAAGAAAGAGAAAUCGGGACUGAUUCCAUAUUUUCUUCUUCUAAUUUCAAUUCGAAGAUCUCGCCGUUUACUUCUUCCUCCUCUUCCUCCUGCUCUGUUUCUUCCUCUGCUUCAUUCAGUUCCGGUCUGACAAAUUUCCCGGUUACAGAGAACCGGAGCUCUUUUCCGGUUUUCAAGAACUGAAAAUCAAUUCCCUCUGUCUCCUGAAUCAAUUAUGGGUUUUUUUGUUUUCAAGAUGUAAUUAUGUAUCUAUGUAUAUGAUUGCGAAUGUUACUGCUUCGGAUUCCGUUGUAAUCGGAAGUGUUUGUAGGUUUUGAUUUCUCCGACGAUUCCGAUGAUCGGUUUUAUAUCCACGACGGGUUGAUCAUCAAACUCGGAUUCAAGCUGUAACAAUUAAAUCGAAGAAGAAAAUAUUUUUCUGGAUC